AUGGCCAUCGAACGCACUGCACCCGAAGAAGAUUGUAGAUGGACGCGUUUUCCGCCUCAUGAAAUACAGAUGUUAAAGCGGCCGUGUAUUUCUCAGCCUCAAAUUUCGGCUUUGCACUGGACAUCCAGGUAUGAAAAUAUUGAGCUUGCAAAUGAUGUUAUCAAAGCAGCACUGAAGAUAUCUUCAGGAUACUUGGACUCGAAGGACUCGUUCAGCCAAACGCCCUUGGCCCUCGCUGCGGAGAAGGGGCGUGCCGAGAUUGUCCACGAACUUCUAGAUGCUGGAUGCUACAGCGACGCCCCAAUCCCCGAAGAAGAAUUCCUCCAGAAAGGGGAAAGUUAA